AUGAGCUCGACGGGCGACGACGAGAGCGACCGCAGUGACGACGCAAGCGACGAGACGGGGUCGGUUGCCAGCUCCAGCGAGUAUGACGAUGACAGCGACGACGAAGACAGUGACGAUGCAUCUGACGACGACGACGACAGUAGUGACGAUGGGGACGCGAGCGGCGAAGAGAGCGACGACGAAGAGGACAACCAAGCAAAAGAACUCGCCGAGCAAAAAGCAAAGGCUGUGCAGGACGACGUCGCGUCGAUCCUCAAGAUGGCAUCGUCCAUGGACAAGAUUUGCCGUCGUCUCCAGUUCAAGUACGGCUCCAACCGCAAGGCGCCGAUAGCACUCGAGCCAAAUCCAGCCAAGGUCGAAGCAGAGGACGAGGUGCCCGAAGCGUUGACACCGCCCAAGCCGACAGAUCCAGUGCCGCUAGCGGAGCUACCGCGCACGGUCAUGUCGGACGCCGCCACCGACUCGAACGACCUCGAGAUGCCUCCCCAGAGAGUCGUGAUGACGGACGCGGCAACCGAGCCGGCAGCGCCCGUGGUUCUCACAGCUUUGAGCAAGGAGGCUGAGCACCUCAUGCGCAACAUCGAGGUGCAGGGCACGCCCAAGCCAGUCGUCCCGCACAUCGAGAAGGACUGCCAGCUUCAACUCGCGCUCGCAACGGAGCCGUCACUUCAUUUACAAGAGUACAUGCACCCACCACCGCUACUCGAGCUACCAAAGCGGCCGCGUCCGUUCCUCGCGACACCAACCGCCCCGCUUCGAGCUCUAUCCAGCAUCCACAGUGUACCUCCAGAGCUUUCUGAGAGCAUUGGCGCACACUCCGUACCGAUUCAGCGCACACCGACGAGCAAGCGCGAGUCAUGGCACCAAGAGCCGUCGACAGACAUGACUGGGCGCGCUGACUUCGGGGGGCAAGUCGACUCGCCACGCAAGGUCGUGUCGGACGCAGCCACCGACUCGAGCGACCUCGAGCCCAUUCUUCCCAAGGCGUAUUUAGCGACGGUACCCAUCGCUGUUACCAAGCUGCCGGUCGAUCGCGCUGUGGCCACAACAGAGCUCGCACCAACAGCCCACCCCCUGUUUUGCAUUUGCAACCCGAGCGCCACGCAAGCCAGCACCCUGAAACACCUCGGUCGCCAGUACCAACGUCGGUGCCUGCGCCCAGACCAGCCAAUGCUGCCCUUCCGUGGUCUGCGCUAGAUCCGACACUGAGGCAUGCAUCGACGCCGGACCGAACACCGGUGCGUUUUGAUCGACAAGCAGAGCCGGACAACCCGCCACCCAGUGUAUCGCGAGCUACGAGCGGCCGUGGCCAAGCACUUGUGCAGCCCGAGUCGACCUCGUCUCGCGACGAAGCC